AUGGUCUGCUCUGAAACCGAGGCCGUUUUUCCAGGAGUCAUGCGCGUCUCCGUACUGUUUAGCCUACUUUCCGUGGCGACGCCGGCCCUCGGUGUCGGGCGGCACAAGCUGGCACCGUUGUUUGCAUCGAGAAACAGUGUUCCUGAUGGCUAUAUUGUCAAGUUCAAAGACGGCAUUUCCUCCAAGGGCCUGGACGAACCCUUGGCUUCAUUUGUCAACAACAGCCGUCAUGUCUACGAAGCUGCGUUCAGAGGCUUCGCAGCAACGCUUGAUGCCGGCUCGAUCCACACCCUGAGACGCCAUCCCGAUGUCGAGUUCAUCGAAGAAGAUGCCGUAUUCGCAAUAAGCGGGUUCGUCGAGCAAAAGGAGGCGCCUUGGAAUCUGGCCCGCGUCUCACACCGCAGGCGAGGAGGCUCGACCGGGUACGUAUACGACGAUAGCGCGGGCGAGGGAACGUGCUCAUACAUUAUCGACACUGGCAUCGAAGCCUCACACCCUCAAUUCGGGGGCCGAGCCCAAAACAUCAAGACCUUUGUCAACCAGACUGUCGACGGGCACGGCCACGGCACCCACCUCGCCGGUAUCGUAGGCAGCGUCGCGUACGGCGUGGCCAAGAAGACGAAGCUCCUCGGCGUCAAGUGUCUCGACGACCAAGGCUCGGGCACCACAUCCGACGUCGUGGCGGCCAUGGAUUUUGUCGCCAAAGACGCCAAGACUCGCGGGUGCUCCAAGGGAGUCAUGGCCAACAUGAGCUUGGGAGGGGGAUACUCUGCAGCCGUGAAUAGCGCCGCCGCCGCUCUUGUUGCCUCUGGCGUGUUUGUCUCGGCAGCAGCCGGUGGUUCAAAUACGGAUGCGAAGCAGACAUCGCCCGCGUCGGAGCCGACCGUGUGCACAGUGGGCGCCAGUACGGCCGGGGAUGAGCGUGCAAGCUACUCCAACUACGGAGCGGUUGUUGACAUCUUUGCGCCGGGAUCGAAUAUCUUGUCCACGUGGCUGGAGGGCACGACGAACACCCUCUCCGGAUCGUCCGUGUCCGCUGCCCACAUUACGGGACUGGGGGCAUAUAUCGCGGCGCUUGAGGGUUCCCCUGGCGGCGAGACGCUGUGCAGGAGACUGCAGCAACUUGCUACCAAGCACGUCCUGACGAGGGUGCCGCCCGGGACGCCGAAUCUCCUGGCUUUUGACGGGAAUCCCUUCGAGUCGGGACUUGGGGGCAUCGAGCCAACUCACUAG